AUGAAACCGCAUCCCUGCCUCCUUUGGCUGGUGCUCUUCCUCCUCGUGCCGCUCGGCAGCUCAAAGGAUCCAAAGCCGGGUCGAAGAUACGCCGAUCUUCCUCGCCAGGCGGUGCCGGUCGAGUUUGACUGGCCCGCCUACCGCCACAUGAGCGACAUGGCGGCCAUCAAGGAUCCGCAGCAGCAGAACAUCGCCAUGCAGUCGCUGCACGAGUGGAAGCUCGCCGACCUCCAGCUGGCACGAGAGUUCCUGAGAAAGAAGAAGCGAGCCAACCCGGCCGCUGCAGUGCUGCUCGAUGCCGAGAUUGAGCUGUCUCGGGUGAUCAGCGGCAUCAUCCCAGGGACACUCUUUCCUAUGGCGUUCUCGAGCUACUCUCAGAUGAUUCCGCUGCCGAAGCUCUUCCACGUCGACCGGCUCGAGGCCGCAGGGAUCACCGCCGAAACCAUCUACCGCGCGACGAUCUUGACGGUCAACAACAUGCUCUCGUGCGUCUCGGAGAUCGACUUUUGGGAGUAUCGCGAGUAUCUCUCGACCCAAGGAAUCGAGGACACUUUUGAUGUGGUGCUGCAGGAGUCCAAAGCGGUGCAGAGCAUCCCCAAGACGCGCAUGCUGCUGCGCCAGGCCGAGGCCGAAGCCCAGCAGCGCGCAGCAAGCAAAGCCCGCAACGUCCGAGCGAGGAUCGGUCAAGUGCCAUCGUCGGAGCGGAGCAGCGCCAGCGCAGCGCAGGCCGCCGUCGACCGCGAGGCGCCGGAGGCAUCGAGUGCUUGGCAAGCGGCCGCCGCCCAUCACCAAUACCACCCCCACGACUUCGCAAGCACUUCGACCCCAGCCGGCCUCUCUGACGCCUCGGAGCUCAACAGCUUCUUUGGCUAUUCGGCCGGGCACGGCGACCUCGACCCCUCCAACCCUCACGGCGUCUUUGGCCCGUCUUCAUACGCGCCGACCUCGACGCAGGGCGAGUUCGGGCAGCUGCUGACGCACCAGGAGCUCGAGGGCAUGGGAGAGCUGGGCCAGGCGCUCAAAUCUUUUGCCCAUCACGGUGCUUAG